CUUCUUCUCCGGCGACAUGCCAGUCCAAUCUAGGCCUGUAAUCUUAACCCUUCUUCUUCUCAUUUUCAUCUUCUUUACUCAACCAAUUACUCUGAUUCACCCUCAAGAACUCAUUAAUGGCGUCUCAGCAGAACAACUCACCCCUCAAUCCAAUGGAGGAGUCUCCGCUUUAUUCGUAAUCGGCGAUUCCUCCGUCGAUUGCGGCACCAAUAACUUUCUUGGAACACUCGCUCGCGCCGAUCGACUUCCUUACGGCCGCGAUUUCGACUCCCGUCAACCCACCGGCCGUUUCUGCAACGGCAGAAUCCCCGUUGAUUAUCUCGCAUCAUAUUUAGGGCUUCCAUUUGUACCCAGUUAUCUUGGACAUGCUGGCUCUGCUGAAGAUAUGAAAUAUGGAGUCAAUUAUGCAUCUGCUGGUGCUGGAAUCAUCUUCUCAAGUGGAUCUGAACUUGGACAACACAUAUCACUUUCACAGCAAAUUCAACAGGUUAUGGAUACAUUCCAAGAGUUUGUACUAUAUACAGGAGAUGAUGCAGCAAAUGAACAUAUGUCAAAUUCAGUGUUCUACAUUUCAAUUGGAACUAAUGACUAUAUUCAUUACUAUCUUCAAAACCAAUCAGAUGUACAGUUAUUGUAUCUUCCAUGGAGAUUCAACAAGUUCUUAGCAAAUUCAAUGAAACAGGAGAUUAAGAACUUGUAUGAUCUAAACGUUAGGAAGAUAGUUGUUAUGGGACUAGCUCCAAUUGGCUGCGCUCCUUACUACUUGUGGCAGUUUCAUAGCAAGAAUGGUGAAUGUAUUCAGAUAAUAAACGAUAUGAUAGUUGAAUUUAACUAUGUUAUGAGAUACAUGGUUGAUGAACUUUCUCGCGAACUUGUUGAUGUUGAUAUCAUAUUCUGUGAUGCAUUUGAAGCUUCCUUGGAUAUAAUGAAGAACCAUCAACAUUAUGGGUUUAAUGUGACUUCUGAAGCAUGUUGUGGAUAUGGUAAGUAUAAGGGUGUGUUAAUUUGCAUUUCACCUGAAAUGGCAUGUGAAGAUGCUUCAAAUCAUAUAUGGUGGGAUCAAUUUCAUCCAACUGAUGCAGUGAAUGCAAUUUUAGCAGAUAAUGUGUGGUCUAGCAAACACUUGGAAAUAUGUUACCCAACCAAUUUGAAGGGUAUGUUAGCGAAGAAAGUCAAACGAUAGUCCAAAUCGAAAAAUGUAAUUGUUUCUUCUUUAUAUUCUUUGAUAUAGACUCGUAUAUCUCACACGAACAAAACCAUAGCUGGUUGAGAAUUGGCAUGGCUUU